UGAAAGCCUCUUGGGCUGCGGAUAUAAAACCUCCGCGGCGGGCUGAUGCAAUACUGGAAGAUAGUGAAUGAAGCAUCAGUAAGGGAAAACCAGCUAAAGCAAGCUGCUCAUCUCGCCCAGAAAAACACGUUUUCUGCCUAAUCUCUGAAUCGUAUUCUAGUAAAUAGGUAACUGAGUAUGCCAGUCGUCAGAGCCCUUAGUAAGGUGGCAAAGCAGGCCCUGCUGGCCCCUGCGUGUGGAUGUCAGCCUCUGACGGUGGCGAUACGCAACAUCAGCUUUUCUCCGCGUCAGGUCACCUCUGGAUCUGAUGCCAGCAGCUUUCAUUCGGUGUCCUUCUCUGAAACGGACCACCCCAAAGUUCUCAUCACUGGUGGCCUUGGGCAAUUAGGGGUUGGGCUUGCUAAACUGUUAAGGAAACGAUUUGGAAAAAACAACGUGAUCCUCUCAGAUAUCAGGAAACCACCAAGCAACGUUUUUCACAGUGGCCCUUUCAUCUACUCUGACAUUCUGGACUACAAGAACUUGCGAGAGAUUGUAGUAAACAACAGAAUCACCUGGUUGGUGCAUUACAGUGCUCUUCUAAGUGCCGUCGGGGAGGCAAAUGUGCCACUGGCACGAGCGGUCAACAUCACAGGACUACACAACAUCCUAGACAUUGCAGCAGAACACGGGCUUCGGCUUUUCGUGCCCAGCACCAUUGGUGCCUUCGGACCAACUUCACCUCGAAAUCCCACUCCUGACCUCUGUGUGCAGAGACCACGCACUAUAUACGGCGUCUCUAAAGUCCAUGCGGAGCUCAUGGGGGAGUACUACCACCACCGAUACGGCCUUGACUUCCGCUGUCUUCGGUACCCUGGCAUCAUCUCGGCAGACUCGCAGCCUGGCGGUGGCACGACAGACUACGCCGUGCAGAUUUUCCACGAUGCAGUCAAGACGGGAAAGUUUGAAUGCAACCUGAAACCAGACACACGGUUGCCCAUGAUGUACAUCGAUGACUGUUUGCGGGCCACGCUGGAAGUGAUGGAGGCGCCGGCGGAAACGCUCAGUAUGCGCACGUACAACAUCAAUGCCAUGAGCUUUACUCCAGAGGAGCUUGCAAAUGAGGUCCAGAAACAGCUGCCUGAUCUUCAGGUUUCAUAUGAGAUUGACUCUGUACGACAGGCUAUAGCUGACAGUUGGCCCAUGAACUUUGAUGACAGCAACGCUCGAACUGACUGGGGCUGGAAGCACGACUAUGAUCUGCCAGAGUUGGUCCAAACGAUGCUCAACUUCAUUGGCUCAGAUACCCGCGUCGCCCAAGCCAACUGAGUCCACUCAUGAACACUGAAAAUAUGUACAUUUCAUAAAGAUUAUAAGUGAUGCAGAAGAGAGCUCCAUGGUCUGUAAAUAGUCAUUCCCUGUUCUCUUUUGUCUCAUCUGUAUAUUCUUUUGUGACUAGCACAGACUAUAUGUAUAAUUGCAGGUUAUACAAAGAGGUCAAGUCUCUUUUUAGGACAGGGUGGAAAACCAUCAGGUGUUUUCAAAGCUAAAUGAAAAGGAGUGGACCUGACAUGAUCCUCUUGUGCUUUGCAUUUAGAGAAAAAGGAUCACAAAGCAAAUAAAACCAAAAAUGAAUGUUGCAGAUCCUAAAACUUAGCUUCCUAAAUUCAACUCUUUGUUUUUUUUGUUUUUUUUUUCUUCUAUUUAAGAGAAAUAAUAUUCUGUACCUAUGUAGAAGAAUAUAAUAUAUGAGGGGAAAAGGCUGAUGGCCGAGUUCAGGAGUAACAGGAAUUGUUACAGCAGCUUCAGCCCAUUCUAAAAUAAACAAAGUGGGACUCAGAUCUACAGGGAAAGUGAGGGUCGGCAUGAUAAAUUACGUUAUCAUAUCCCUCCUGGUUGCUUUUCCUCUCUUGUGCACUCUAUUUAUUCAGACCAGUCACAAAUGAAAUGCAAGAUUUGGUCUUGCUUUAAAUGUUUGCUGCAUACUUUACUUUAAUGAGGUCACUUUUUGUUAAAUGCAGUUUACAUAUCUUGCAUUUGCCCAUAAAUGUUUUCCCACAGGGAAUAUAUUAUCCCAUAUGAAAGGGAGAGUGGGAAACAAGUUUAAAUUAUUUUUUAGUUUAUUAGUUAAGCUUUGAAUCCACAUCUUUUGUUCAUUUGAUUACAAAAUUUGUGUCAAUAAAGCUUUUUUUAUCUUUAA